GCAGACGGUCGUGUUUCAGUCGCAGUUCCUCGAGGCAAUUGUCCCGAGGCCCCAUCGCAUCGAGCCCCAUAGUAAACCAUCAUCAUCAUUAGUGCAACGAUAUAAAGUGUUUGAAAAUAAUACAGGAGAAAAAAAACGUAUAAAAACAGUGCAAGUAAGAGUAAAAACGUGGCAUUAUCCUGACAAACCAAAACCAGAGAAAACCCUAAGCCCUAACUUAAAACAAAGAAAUAAAAAAUAGACACUAACGAACGGUCGCCAAGUGAAGUUGUUUACAACUUGCGGUCAGGACUUUUUCGGAUUUUCAGGGGUUUUUCGUGUUAGUUUGUGUGGUUUUCCGCCCUCGCCCCCCAAAAAGUCCUGUGUGUGUUUGUGUUGUGCUGCUGCAAAGUGGAAGACGCCAUGGCAACACAUUGCUAAUCGAUGACGUGACCAACAAAAAAAAACAACAAAAGCAUACAAAAGCAAAACCACAAAAUACAAAAUACAAUACAAAAAAAAAAGGAGCGAAAACAGGACACCCCUCUUCACACUUGGGAUAACACAAGGAUAAUGACCAUAAACUGAUUUGAUUGCAAAUUGAAAUGGCAACAAUGUGAGCUACCACAAGAGCAGCAGCAAUCCCAACCAAAAAGAGCUCUAAAAAAAUAAGCAGCAUUGAGAAAAAGAAAACAAACAAAAACAAAAGCAGAAUAUACCAAAUAGAAGGGACAAAUCAUAAAAUUGCAGACUGUGAGCUGCAGGAUGCGAAUGCGAUGCGAAGGCGACGCAGAUUGCAUUCAAGGACCGCUGGGCCAGCGAACAAUCGGUGGAGCAAACAAUGCGAACUAAUAAAGCACUUAAGCGGAUAGACAACGACGACGACGACGACGACCAGCAACGAGGACAUCCAAGUGGAAGCAAUAUUCCAACUCCAUCUCCGGCAGGAGCAACAGCAGCUUCGGCACUAAUCAAAGUUACAUUUUCCGUACCACGGGGCGUAUGAUCAACGUGCAUCGGAUUGAUACGCAGACAAUGGCGCAACUGCCCCAAAUUAGACGCGACACGAUUCGCCACGGUCCCCCGUUGGGACACUCGCAAUGGGAGAGCGAGGACGAGGUCCUCGGCACCUCUCGAACAACCACACCGCUGACAGCCAAUGGUGCCACCACCACUGGACUGGUGGCUGUCCAGCCGAAGGACAUGCAACGAAACCACCUGCUAAAGAUGCCAACCGCAACAAUAGAGAAACCAACGAUAACAGCCACCAAAUCAUCAUCAUCAGCAGCAGCAGCAGCAGUAGCAUCAUCGUCAGCAGUAAGAGUCCCUCGCCGGGCACUAAGGAUACUGGCCCAGAGCCUGCUGCUUCCAGCCCUAAUCCUGGGCGUACUUGUGGGCAGCAGCCAGGCGGGUUUCGCCUGCCUCAGCAAUCCCUGUGUAUUCGGUGUCUGCAUCGAUGGCCUGAACAGCUCGUACUCGUGUUACUGCAUUGAUGGCUACACAGGGAUCCAGUGCCAAACGAAUUGGGACGAAUGCUGGUCGGGUCCCUGUCAAAAUGGUGGGACAUGUGUGGACGGUGUGGCCUACUACAAUUGUACGUGUCCGGAAGGAUUUUCCGGAUCCAGCUGCGAGCAGAACGUCGACGAAUGCAUGUCGAAUCCCUGCCAGAAUGGCGGACUUUGUCGGGACAGGACUAAUGGCUACACCUGCACCUGCCAGCCGGGCUACCUGGGGGAUCAUUGUGAGCAGGAUGUGGCCGUCUGCGACACAGGAACUGGAGCUCGUUGCCAGCACGGUGGCGAGUGCAUCGAGGGUCCUGGUCUGGAGUUCACCUGCGAUUGUCCUGCGGGCUGGCAUGGCAGGAUCUGCCAGGAGGAGAUCAAUGAAUGCGCCUCAUCGCCAUGUCAGAACGGCGGCGUUUGUGUUGACAAACUGGCGGCCUAUGCCUGCGCCUGUCCCAUGGGCUACACGGGCAUCAAUUGCGAGGAGGAGAUCCUCAUUUGUGCGGACAAUCCGUGCCAAAACAAUGCCCUCUGUCUCAUGGAGGAGGGAGUGCCCACGUGCUACUGUGUCCCAGAUUAUCACGGCGAGAAGUGUGAGUUCCAGUACGAUGAGUGUCAGUUGGGGCCACGUUGCAUGAACGGCGGUGUUUGUAUCGACGGAGUGGACACCUUCUCCUGUUCGUGUCCUCCACUGCUCACUGGAAUGCUUUGCGAGUGCUUGAUGGUGAGUGAGGAGUCUUUGGACUGUAAUUACACGGCCCCGGCUACACCGCCGCCAACGAGGAGAACCACCACAACAUCCACGGUGGCACCGCCCACAGUGAGGCCUGUGACACCACCAGAGACCACUGUACCCCCGCGGGUUUCUGCUGAAGAAGAGGAGUUACCAGUUGUAACCACGGCUGCAUCAGCACCAGCACCAGUACCAGAGGGUGUGACCUCAGCUGGAGCCUCAUCUUCGGAGGAGGCAGUUUCCGUGGAGAUCAAAGCUCCGACAUUGGCGCCGCCAGAAAGUGAGAGCCACAGCAUAUCCAUGGAGCAUACAACAGUUGCACAACCAGAACCGGAACCAGAACCCGAACCCGAACCGAGACCCGCUCCAGAAUCAGAGUCGGAAACCGAGGAGGAGAUCAUACCAGGAACCACAGCAGCUGCGCCGGGUGUUAGCAAAUCCUCUAGCUCUUCAGAGGAAUCACCGAGCAUAUAUACCACGUUGCCACCAUUGCCGGGAAAACCGAAAACCACCUCUUCAGCAGAAAGUUCCGGUGAAGUGGUGACCUCCGAGGAGUACACCACCGUGCCCCACUUUGAUGUGAGUGGCAGUAAGAGCGAGAGCGGCAGCGUAGAGAUCACCACAGUGGGACCCACUUCUCCACCCAGCAUUACCAUAGCUGUGGACUAUGCCACCUCAUCCUCCAGCAGCAGCAGCAGCACCAGCUCGGAAUCAGUGGAAUCGGUGGUGACCACACCGGCACCCACUUUUGUGCAGAGGGUAACCACAAUUGCCACCACCAUCUCCGUGGAGUAUGCCACGCCCACGGCCUAUUAUCCGCAGGAAACCACUACGCCGCGGGUGAUACCAGUGCCGAGACCCACAUUUGCCCCGGAGCCACCUUUGGAUGUGGUGGAGACCACGGCUUCCACGCAGCAUCUCUGGACAGAGGUGCCUACGACAGCGGCUCCCUUCUUUACGGAAUAUCCAGCGGAGGUGCUGAUCACCACGCAUCGAACCAGUGCUGGGAGAUUCACCACAGUGCAGCCACCUGUGCAGGUCACUACCUUGUCACCAGCAGAGGAAUCUUCGAUAGAACUGACCACACCGCACACACCCCACAUAGUGGUGACCAUAUUGGAUGCGAAUGCCACAAUUCCAUCGCUAAUUACGACCACGGGAAUGCCCACGACCCAUCAUCAUCACCAUUAUCAUCAUCAUGAUCACGAGGGCACAACGCUGGAUCCUCUAGGAGAAGAUGAGCAUCAUCAUCAUCAUCACCAUCAUCAUCAUCACGAGCACGAGGUGGUCAUUACCACACCCAUGCCAGUGGAUAUAACCACGGGACAACCUCUUCAAACAGAGGACUUAAUUGGUGUCCAGCAGCCUGCUCCAGUAACCACCGCGGAACCCUAUGCUCCGCCAGAGACUACAGUGGUACCACUGAUACCACUGGCCACGCCUGCUCCACCGGCAACAGCUGCUCCGGUUGCACCACCAGUCACACUUGCUCCUCCCGAAACGCCUGCCACGGCGGCAACUCUUCCUCAAGCCACUGAACCGCCCACAGCGGCGCCUACACCUCCGCCAACUGUGUUGCCCACUUUGCCACCCGUAACCCUGCCGCCGGCUACACUGCCACCACCCACGAUACCACCCACACCACCCUCGACACAAUCCGCACAAACUCUGCCGCCGCCAACGAUGCCCAUAAAUGUUUACACCACUCCCGAAGGACCUGCGCCGACAACGUCCUCCGCUGCCCAAACGAAGACUCCGGUCACGGAGAGCAGCGAAGAGGUGGAGGGCACUAACACGGUAGCCACCGGCGGCGGACGGGGAGCGGGUGGAGUUCCCGAGGAGAAGGCAGGCGAUGUCGAUUGCAUCAAACUGGGCUGCUACAAUGGUGGAACCUGCGUUACCACUUCCGAAGGAUCACGGUGCGUUUGUCGGUUCGACCGGCAGGGUCCUCUCUGCGAGCUACCCAUUAUCAUCCGGAAUGCCGCCUUCUCCGGCGACUCGUACGUGUCGCAUCGCAUCUACAAGGACAUUGGGCAGCACGAGUCCCUCGAUGCCGUCCUGCCAAUGCACAUUCAACUGAAGGUGCGGACGCGGGCCACUAAUGGCCUGAUCAUGCUGGCAGCCGCCCAGGGAACCAAGGGUGGCCACUACAUGGCCCUGUUCCUUCAAAAAGGAUUGAUGCAAUUCCAGUUCUCCUGCGGACUGCAGACGAUGCUGCUGAGCGAACUGGAAACGCCGGUCAACACGGGUCACGAAAUUACCAUUCGCGCUGAAUUGGACUUCAGCCGGAAUUACACACACUGCAACGCCUCGUUGUUGGUGAACGACACGCUGGCCAUGUCCGGGGAUCAGCCCACCUGGCUGAAGCUACUGCCGCCGCGGCUCCACACCCCGGAGGCGAUACUGAACACCUGGCUGCACCUGGGCGGUGCGCCCCAGGCGCCGAUUGGCCUGAUUAUCGAGCUGCCGCCGGCGCAGAGCGGCACGGGAUUCACCGGUUGCCUUCAUACGCUGCGGAUCAAUGGACAGGCUCGCGAGAUAUUUGGCGAUGCCCUGGAUGGCUUUGGCAUCACGGAAUGCGGCUCUUUGGCCUGCCUGUCCAGUCCCUGUCGCAAUGGCGCUGCCUGCAUCAAGAUCGAAUCCAAUGAGCUGGAUGAGAAUGGUGAGAAGGCGGAGAAAUGGAAAUGCAAGUGUCCCAGGUAUAUGGGACCCACCUGCGAGAUAUCCGUUUGCGAGGAUAAUCCCUGUCAGUACGGUGGAACCUGUGUGCAGUUCCCAGGAAGCGGAUAUCUAUGUCUAUGUCCGCUGGGCAAACAUGGUCACUACUGCGAGCAUAAUCUCGAAGUGGCUUUGCCCUUCUCCGGCAGCGUUAAUGGCCUCUCUUCGUUCGUGGCCUACACUGUGCCCAUUCCUGAGUACUCCAUAGAACUGAGCUUUAAGAUCCUGCCACAGACCAUGUCACAGAUCUCACUGCUCGCCUUCCUGGGACAGUCGGGUUAUCAUGACGAGAAGAGCGAUCACCUUGCAGUGAGCUUCAUCCAGGGAUACAUUAUGCUCACUUGGAAUCUGGGAGCAGGACCUCGUCGCAUUUUCACCCAGAAACCCAUUGAUUUCCGGCUGGAUGCUCCCCGGGUUCCCUAUGAGAUUAAAGUGGGUCGAAUUGGUCGUCAGGCUUGGCUAUCGGUGGAUGAAUUCAAUAUAACUGGCAGAUCUCCGGGGAGUGUUAGCCGUAUGGGUCUGCCGAUAUUGUAUUUGGGUGGACAUGUAGCCAACUUUAAUACGUUGCCUCAUGAUCUGCCGCUGCAUUCGGGUUUCCAGGGAUGCAUUUAUGAUGUCCAACUGAAGGCGGGUCAGGUGACGGUGCCCCUGCAGGAGACACGAGGGGUCAGAGGACGUGGUGUGGGUCAGUGUGGAACCAGGGAAUGCCAUAGGCAUGCCUGUCAGCAUGAUGGCGCCUGCUUGCAGCACGGAGCUACCUUUACAUGCAUCUGCCAGGAGGGCUGGUAUGGACCACUGUGUGCCCAGCCCACAAAUCCCUGUGACUCCUUUAACAACAAGUGCUACGAGGACUCCACCUGCGUGCCUCUGGUCAAUGGCUAUGAAUGCGAUUGUCCUGUGGGACGUACAGGCAAAAACUGCGAGGAGGAAAUACGUUCCUUGAGUGAUGUAUCCCUCACUGGAAGACGUUCAUAUCUGGCGGUUCGCUGGCCCUAUCUCUACGAUGGCGGCGAUAAAAUGGGUGCAAAACGUUCCCAAAUGGUCAGUUAUAGGAAUUUCACCAAGAAGCUAAUGCCACCGAAACCCAUAACCACACCCAGCAGUCACUUUGUGAUGAAGCUGCUCAAUGAGGUGGAGAAGCAACGCAGUUUCUCGCCCGUUCCCCUGAUGGGUUCAAAGACCUUCGAGGAGCAUCAUCGUGUGCAGUUCUUCUUCAUUGAAUUCCAAUUACGUCCGUUGUCGGAACGAGGAUUACUCUUGUACUUUGGCACCCUGAACAAUAAUCAGGACAAAAAGAUUGGAUUUGUAUCGCUCUCCCUGCAGGGCGGCGUGGUGGAGUUCCGUAUUUCGGGACCCAGCAAUCAUGUCACUGUGGUGCGUAGUGUCCGAAUGUUGGCCAUUGGCGAGUGGCACAAGAUCAAGAUGGCACAGCGAGGUCGCUGGUUGACCCUUUGGGUGGAGGGCAGCGCUUCAUCAGCUUUGGCUCCCUCAGCAGAGGUCCUGGUAGAACCGGACUCAUUGCUCUAUAUAGGAGGACUAAAGGAUUUGUCCAAGUUGCCGCAUUAUGCCAUCUCUGGAUUCCCCAUUCCAUUUAGGGGCUGUGCGGGCUUGGUGGUGAGUGGAACUCGAAUUGCUAACGAAACCAACAUUGUGGAAUCGCGUAACAUACGAGACUGUGAUGGCACAGCCUGUGGCGGUGACUCCUGUGAGUCUGGAGGACACUGUUCUGACGAGAAGCUACAACCGCAUUGCAUUUGCCCGGAGUAUGCCAAAGGCGAUCGCUGUGAAUAUUCGGAGACCUGCAAGUUAAUACCCUGUAAAAAUAAUGGAAGAUGUCUGCGCAGUGGACGCUGCUCGUGUCCCAAUGGCUGGGGUGGCUUCUACUGUGAGAUUGCCAUGAGCAAGCCAACGACGCCAAGCUUCCGUGGCAACAGUUACCUGAUCUUGCCGCCGCCUCGGAUUCCGAUGAAAGACAAGCGGCGCGGCCCCUCGCUCUAUGUCCGCCCCCGUGAAGCCAUCCAAGUCACGCUGAACUUCUCCACCAUUGAGCCGGACGGCCUGCUCCUGUGGAGCGAGCACGAGCGUAGCAAGUUCCUGGGCCUGGGCCUGGAGGCGGGUCACCUGAAGUUGGCCAGUAUGCUGGGAAGCUCCAAUGACACCGUUAAGGCCCCGGCCAGCGGUUUCAUUGCUGAUGGCGCCUGGCACUGGACCAGUGUCCUGUUGGAUCGAACACGGCUAGAGCUUCAGCUGGACGGGGAGGUGAUCUUUACGGAACGAUUGCCGGAAAAUGGCAGAAACCCAAGCCCAUCAUCGUCUACAACGACCAGAUCAAUAUUGGCGGGCAGGCGCAAGAGUUCGAGCAAAGAGCCAACAAUUAGCUACGAGGAUGUGUUCUACUUGGGUGGAUUCCCCAACUUGGACUCAGUGAGCAGACGGACGCAAGGCCGCUUCUUCGAGCCCUUCAAGGGCUGUCUGCAGGACAUCCAAUUUGGCGCCGAGCCGAAAGCGAUUAUCAGCGAUUUCUCGGCGUACCAGGGGGAAAAUAUCGGAUCCUGUGAUCUGCACGGUGACGAGCCGCUAAUUGUAUAGGAAACGAGGGAAGCGAAAUCAAAACAUGGAUAAAUCGGAGGAUUAUUGUGAACUUUCAAGAUCUUGUCUGGAUUUCUUGAGCGGCAAACUGACGAAGGAGAUAUAUAGAGGAGAUAACUACUUGUAAGCUACUAAGUGAUAAGCGAGUUUAUAUAGAGAAAAGCAGAUGGGGAACCCCCUUACCCGGAAUCAAUAUAUACACAGACAGAAAGUUUUUGGGCAAAGCUAUCGACAAACGACAAGAAAUGGGAACGUAAUUUUGUAAAUUUUAUAGAAAUAAAAAAACACAAAAAAGACAAUGUUUAGACUUAACAAAAAAUACAAAAUAAAGACAUGGAAAAAAGAUUUACUGGUUUAUCAAAGAAAAAACAAAGAAAGACAAAAUUGUAGCUUAGGAUCUUAAACUAGAAAAUACCGAUACCAGAUACAGAUACCAGAUAUAAAAACUUCUCUUACGUAAGUGAUAUUUCAGAAGCGGAAUAACGAUAAAGGAUAAAGACCCGAAGGAAAUUAACUUAUUUAUAUGUAUAUUGUUUUUUGUUAUGCAAACGUUAGCAUUUCGGUUAAAUAAUAAAUUAAAAACUUGACUUAUUUCCAACAAUUUUCACAUCUACGAGAACUGCCCUCAACGAGUUUCUGCCAUAUAUUAAUUUAUUCAAUUUUGAAAAGCGAAUUUAGUUAAGUGAAUAUUGUUUCCCUGUUAUGUCUGUGUGUACGUUAUAUAUAAAAGCAUAAAGCUCUCUGUCUCUCCUAAUUGAAGCCAUUUAGUUGCCUUGUAGUAAGUUAGCGUAUAACUCUCCUAUGAUUUAUCUUGAAUAACUAUAAUGUAACUCAAAAUCGAAGGCGCCUAUUCUUCUGAUAACAGAUCAAGAGGCAUACGAAAAAUCGAUGCUAGUCAUAACAACAAUAUAAUUAUUCUUAUAAACCAAGGAAAACCAAGUAGCGAGAAAGAAACAAACAAAUAAAAAAUAUAUAUACAAAAUACUUAUACAAUACGAGAAACAAAACAAAAAGAAAAGAAUCGGAAUUGUAACCCAAGACAGUAAGUUAAGUAUGUGUUUAUUUCGAGAGACAACACUUAAUCAGUUAUAAUUUUAAAUAAAAAAAAUAAA